AAGGGUUGGAAACUGAUGUGGGUGGUGUUCUUCUUAGGAGGGUGGUGGUUGUUUCGUUGUGAUGGGUGCUGGGAUGACGAGAAAACUGCUCUCAUGCAACUCAAGCCUUACUUCAGUGAAUAUAUCGAUGGUGUAAACAAAUGGGGAGAGGGAGAUGGAGAUUGUUGCAAAUGGGAAAGGGUUGAAUGUAAUAACUCCACUGGGCGAGUCAUUCGACUUUUCCUUAAUAUAAUCGAUUUUCGAUCCGUACACGGUUUCUUUGAUGAUUCUAUGGCGGAAGAUGCAGUUUUGGGUUGGGGAGAGAGGGAGCAAUGGUAUCUCGAUCUCUCUUUGUUUCUUCCCUUUCAGGAAUUGAACACUCUUUAUUUGGGCAGAAACAGUAUAGCUGGUUUUGUUCACCACCAAGGAGAACCCACACUACCCAAACUAGAGACACUUGCUUUAAGUUAUAAUCUCUUCAAUACCAGCAUAUUCUCGUUCCUUGGUGUACUCUCAAAUUUGAAGUCUUUGGGUAUAAACCAUAACCAAUUGGAAGGGGCUAUACAUAUUAAAGAAUUAAAUGCUUUGAGCAACUUAGAAGAAUUGUUCAUGUCGGGAAAUAAAGUGACCGACUUUGUUCCAUCCCAAGAUAGCAAUUGUGGCCUUCCACUACAAUCACUGGCCUUAUUCCCUUCCUUGAACACUGUUCGUUUGACAGGAUUUAAUGUUGAAGGAACCAUAAUGGCUUCCCAAAAUGAAUAUCAGAAUAAUUUUACAAACUUGGAAGAGUUAUCCGUGGGUUAUUCUUUUCUCCAAACCAACAUUCUUGGAAGCAUUGGACAAUUUACUUCUGUCAAGCGUUUGAAAUUGUAUAAAUGUGAGAUGAAUGGAAGCCUAAAUAUCCUUGAAGGUUUGUGUGAAAUGACGAAUCUUCAACAGUUGAGUCUCAAUUUUAAUAAUUUCAAGAGUAGCCUGCCGGAGUGCUUCUCUAACCUCACAUCCCUUCGAAACUUGGAUCUUUCUCGCAAUCAAUUUUCUGGAAAUAUAUCUGUCCUUGAGAGUCUAACAUCUCUUAAAACGUUAUAUCUCUCUUCCAAUCAAUUUUCUGGAAAUAUAGAUGCUCUUAAAAGUCUAACAUCUCUUGAAACAUUAGUUCUCUCUUCCAAUCAAUUUUCUGGAAAUAUAGAUGCUCUUAAAAGUCUAACAUCUCUUGAAACAUUAGAACUCUCUUCCAAUCAGUUUUCCGGAAAUAUUGAUGCUCUUAAGGGUCUAGCAUCUCUCCAAGACAUGUGGCUAUCAAAUAACAACUUUCAAAUCCCUGUCUCAUUGGGACCCUUGUUCAACCUUUCAAAACUCAAGGGCCUAUUUGCGGAUAACAAUAUCAUGUAUGGUGAAACUCAUGUACCUUCUUCGUCCCCAAGGUUCCAAUUGAAAGCCAUUAGUUUGUCGUGUUGUGGAGAAGCUGAGUCGUUUCCUGAAUUUCUCUACCAUCAACAUGACUUGAUGUCUUUUCAUCUCUCUAAUAUAUUCUUCAAAGGAAAUCAGUUCCCAAAUUGGUUGCUGCUCAACAACACAAAAUUAGAGUCUAUAUAUCUCACCAAUACCUCUUUGUCUGGAUCACUUGAGCUACCAUUAGCUUCACAUAUACAUUUUUCAUAUUUAGACGUCUCCAACAAUUUCUUCAAUGGCAGCAUCCCACCAGAAAUCGGAGAGCAGCUACCAUCGUUGGUGUUUCUGAACAUGUCAAAAAAUCAUUUUAUUGGUACCAUUCCCUCCUCUCUCGGUCAUAUGACUUCAUUGAGAGUCUUGGACUUAUCCGACAAUAAACUUGAGGGCAAAAUUUUCUCUGGAAAUUUUAAAUUACCAAACUUGAGAGUGUUGAAAUUGAAUGGAAAUAACUUCUCCGAAAGGAUCCCUGAUUUGUUGUCCAAGAGCCUCCUUUUGUUAGCACUAGAUAUUAGCAACAACAAACUUUCUGGUAGGAUCCCAAAGUGGUUAGGAAAUAUGUCUUCUUUACAAAGAAUUAUUUUGUCCAAUAACCAUCUAGAAGGCACAAUCCCUAUCGAUUUUUGUCAACUUGAUCUUAUUGUACUUGUUGACCUCUCCGUUAAUAAUAUCUCAGGGAGUAUACCAUCUUGUUUCAACCCUUCUAAGAUCAUACAAGUUCAUUUGGCUAAAAAUAGGUUACGAGGAACUUUACCGGACGCGCUUCGUAAUAGCUCUACCUUGGUGACACUGGAUAUCCGAGAGAACUUAUUGAGUGGCAACAUUCCGAGUUGGAUUGGUGGACUUUCGAACUUGAGUUAUCUUCUGUUAAGCCACAACAACUUACAAGGGAAGAUUCCAAUGGAGUUAUGCAAGUUGAAUCACUUGAGUGUGAUUGAUCUUUCUCAUAACAAUCUUUCUGGUCAGAUUCCCCCUUGCCUAAAUCUUACCACCCUAGGGGAUCUAGACUAUGUUAAUGCCAGGAUGAUUGGCUCUAGCAUUUUCUCGUUGAAUGUACCAAUAGAUUUUUCAAUGAAAAAUGGUCACAAAUCUUACAGGGGAAGAAUCAUACCACUGGUAUCUGGAAUCGAUCUUUCUUGCAACAAACUGGUCGGUGAAAUUCCUCCUCAAAUUGGACACUUGCACAAGAUACUUGGUUUGAAUCUAUCUCACAAUAGUUUGACAGGACCAAUCCCACCAGCAUUUGCUAAUCUCAGGCAAAUUGAAAGUGUAGAUCUUUCCAACAACAAAUUGAGUGGGAAUAUACCUUCUCAACUUGUGGGGUUAACUUUCAUGUCUACUUUCAAUGUGUCGUUCAACAACUUAUCUGGAAGGACACCAUCAAGAGUUGCACAAUUUGGGACAUUCGAUGAAUUCAGCUACUUGGGAAAUCCUUUUCUUUGUGGUGAACCAUUGCCAAAGUGUGCGGAUACUGGAUCAUCACCACCAAAGCCAAAUUCAUCAACCGACAAUGAUGGAGAACAUGGUUUAAUCGACAUGGGGGCGUUUCGUGUGACUUUCAUCGCGUCUUACACGGUGAUGUUGUUGGUUGUUCCUAUUGUGUUGUACAUAAAUCCCUAUUGGAGACGAGCUUGGUUCUAUCAUGUAAAGACCGCUGCCACUUUCUGCUACUAUUUUGUGCUAGACAAUGUUCUCCCCAGACGGUUUUAUUGUAGAAAUUUGUAAUGGAACAAAAUAUGCAUUCAAAUGUAUCCAAAUAAAUU